AUGUUUAUUCAGUUCCUCCUUUUUCAAUUUUUAAGAAUAAUUGUUGAAGCAUACUAUCUUUAACAUUUUGUUACUCCAUCAAACACUGAUGACGAAGGUAAAUAUCUAAUCAUUGAUUUAGGUUGGUUAAUCAAAAAUCCAUAUAAUGGAGCGUCUAGUCGUAUAUAUAGUUGUGGAGUAAACACUAUAUUUGGAGGAUAUUAAAUAUUUGGAUGCAGCACAUCUAAAACUUCAAUGAUGAAAUAUUUUAUGUUGCCACCACAUUACAAGGUGCGUAUUGAUAUAACCUUCUGGAAGUUUAAUAUUAAUAUAUCUUAAGAAUUGAUGAUUGGCCAAACACACAACUUUUUUACAUAAUUAUUGAUUAAUGGACUUAGUCUUGGUAUUUUACGUCUAAUACAGGAUCAAAUUAAUGUGGUGGUCCUGGUACAGACUAUGGUACUUCAUAUUAUAAUGAUUUUCCAUUACAUACAUUAAAUUCAAUAAUUGUUGAAUUAUACUCUGAUUGUAAUAACAAUGUAUUUUAUAUUAUUAUUAUCUUAAGAACUUUUGGGGUCUUACUAAUUUCUAGAUUACAUUAAAUGAAUGUUACUAAGGAUGUCAAUUUUGUUUAGAUUCAACAGUUGAUUGCAACUUGUGGAAAUUGUGGCAAUCUUUUUUUUAAUUAUAAAAUCUUGAUAAUGGUUUAGAAGGAUGGAUUAGAAAUAAAUUUCCAUCCUUUACAUACUCAACAAAUGAUCGUAAAAUUAUUAAAUAUUAUAGUUUAAUUGAAUAUGCUUGUCUUAAAUUAAUAUAAUUCUGCAAUAACUUAUCUUACACUACCAGAUCAUUAAUCUUUGAUUAUUCAAUUUAGAAUUGAAUAUUUAUCAGUAUUGCCAAUAACAGUGAGUAUUUAUAUAAAUGACGAAUAUAAAUAUGGACUUAUCAGUUAUCAAAAGUAUGUGGAUUAUAGAACAUGGUAAUUAGAUGAUACAAAAAAUUUAAUUAAAUUAGAAAUAUAUAGUGUAGAUGGCAAAGUAGGUAUCCGUGAAUUAUCAAUAAUUCUUAGGGGUCCAAUAAAUUUAAUAUCAUGUAUUGAUGAUAAUUUGGUACCUUUUGAUGGCUGUUUUGCUAAACAAAAAUCAUGUUUAGAAGGUUGUGUAUUUUGUGUUAAAGGAGAAUGUUUGAUGUGUGAUACUAGAUGGGAGUAUAAUUCUGUUAAUUAAAUUUGUGUACCUUUGUGUGGAGAUAAAUAUAUUACAGCAAAUGAGGAAUGUGAUGAUGGAAAUGAUCUUCCUUUUGAUGGAUGUCAUUAAUGCUAAUUUUCAUGUCCUCUAAAUUGUUAAAAUUGUAUCUUUGGCUAAUGUUAGGUUUGUAAUUCUGGAUAUUAUUACUCUAAUAGAAUAUGUUAUCAAAUCUAUGAAAAUUUACUUAUUUAACCUAUUACUCAGGUUGAAUUUAACUACCUUGUCUAAACUGAUAUAGCAUAAUGUGGAGAUGGAAAAGUUUAAUAAGAUGAAGAAUGUGAUGAUGGAAAUAACUUCCCUCAUGAUGGAUGCUAUAAUUGUUAUUUUUAGUGCAUUUUAAAUUGUUAAUAGUGUAGCUUUGGAGCUUGUUAGCAAUGUAAUCCAGGAUAUGAAUUAAUAAAUAGAAAAUGCUUAGAAAUACAAAAAUAAUUUAGAUCUAUAAAUUGUGAUAAAUAAGAUUCAAUUUUAAGUGAAUAUUUUAUUUAGGAAUUAAGCUUAUUUACAUAUUUUGAUACUUCUGAUACUUAUUUUAAUGAUAUAUGCAAUCUUGAGAGAUCAAGAAUAAAAUUGAAUAAUCAAAUAUUUGAAUUUAGAUGUCCCUUAUUUUGUGAAAAAUGUGAAUAUGGAUAAUGUAAAAAAUGUUUGAUUAACCAUUUUCUAUUAAAAAAUUAAUGUAUCUCCAAAAUUACGAAAGGUGUACUUUUAUUUGAAGAUGGAAUUCAUACAGCAAGAUUAGAAAUUGGAUGCUAUAAAUGUAAUGAUAGCUGUCAAAUUUAAUGUCUUUAGUGUUUAAAUUCUUAAUGCUUAUAUUGUAUUGAUGGUUGGUCACUUAUGAAUGGGAUAUGCUUAUAGAUUUGUGGAGAUAAUUAAAUAGCAAUUUGGUCUUAUGAACAAUGUGAUACAAAUUUAAAUGAUUGUUUUAAUUGUAAGUUUUUAUGUCCGGAAAAUUGUUAAUAUUGCAAAAAUCCUUAAGCAUGUUUGAUUUGUGAUUAACCAUAUGUUGAGAUAAAUCAUUAAUGUUAAUUAACAUGUAUAUAUGGAUGUAAGAAAUGUAUUAAUGGUAUUUGUUAUGAUAACUGUUCAAAUGGAGAAAUGAAUAUUGAUGGUAUUUGUUAUUCAAUUUGUGGUGAUGGAAUAAAAUAAUAAAAAGAGUAAUGUGAUGAUGGAAAUAAAAUAUAAUUUGAUGGAUGCUUUAAUUGUGAAUUUUCAUGUCCUCAAUAUUGUGAAAAUUGUUUUGAAGGAAUUUGUAUUGAGUGUUAGCAAUACUUUAAAUUAAUUAAAAAUGCAUGUUAUGAUGACUGUGGUAGUGGAAUCAAAUCUUAUGAUGAAUAAUGUGAUGAUGGCAAUCUUGUUGAUGUUGAUGGUUGUACUUCUAAUUGUAAGAUUGAAGUUGAUUAUAAGUGUCAAGAUAAAGCUAAUAGUUAUUCUGAUUGCCAAUAUUCUGAAUCUCCUUAAAUGCUAAUCAAAUUUUUAAAUCAAACUUAUAAUAAAUAUUAUCUUCAAAUUGUGUUCUCAUAAGCAAUCUAAUUUAGAGAUAAUUAUGUUUUGGAAUCUCUUUUUUAUUUUAGUAUUGAUGAAUUACUCUAUGAAGAUUAUUAAAUAAAAUUAGAAUCAAACUAUGAACCAGUAAUUAAUUAAAUUCUAAAUUUUUCAUUUCAAAUAUAAAUUGAACUCUUAAUCUCUACUAAUAGUAGCCUAGUUUAGUUUAAUGUAGCAAUUAUGA